UCACUUCCUUCUGGGUGGAUGAGGAGGAGUCCGAGCUGCCGCGGAGGAGCCCGAGUGGAGACCGACGGCGCCGGAGAGCAGGAGGGCGAAAAUGAAAGCAGGCUGUAGCAUCGUGGAAAAGCCAGAAGGAGGUGGAGGGUAUCAGUUUCCGGAUUGGGCCUACAAAGCAGAGUCAUCGCCAGGCUCCCGGCAGAUCCAGCUGUGGCACUUCAUCCUGGAACUGCUGCAGAAGGAAGAGUUCCGACAUGUCAUCGCCUGGCAGCAGGGAGAGUACGGGGAGUUUGUCAUCAAGGACCCCGACGAAGUGGCUCGCCUCUGGGGCCGCAGGAAGUGUAAACCGCAGAUGAACUAUGACAAGCUGAGCCGGGCCCUCAGAUACUAUUACAACAAGAGGAUCCUUCAUAAAACAAAAGGGAAAAGGUUCACUUACAAGUUUAACUUCAACAAGCUGGUGAUGCCCAAUUACCCGUUUAUCAACAUCCGCUCCAGUGGUGUGGUUCCUCAGAGUGCACCACCAGUGCCAACCGCCUCUUCCCGGUUCCAUUUUCCACCUCUAGACACCCAUUCUCCUACUGGUGAUGUGCAGCCAGGGCGGUUCUCUGCCAGCUCCCUGAGGGCUUCUUGUCCUGAGUCAGGUGGUACCGCUGAUAGAAAAGUGGAGCCUUCGGACCUGGAAGAUGGCUCAGCCUCUGACUGGCACCGGAGCAUGGAUUUCAUGCCCUCUCGAAAUGCUCUUGGUGGAGGAGCAAUCGGCCACCAGAAACGCAAGCCUGACAUAAUGCUUCCUCUCUUCACCCGGCCAGCAAUGUACCCAGACCCUCACAGUCCUUUCGCUAUCUCUCCAGUCCCUGGCCGUGGAGGGGUCCUUAAUGUCCCCAUUUCACCAGCCCUGUCCCUGACUCCCACCAUGUUCUCCUAUAGUCCCUCGCCGGGCCUGAGCCCCUUUACCAGCAGCAGUUGCUUCUCCUUCAACCCAGAGGAAAUGAAACACUACCUUCAUUCUCAAGCCUGUUCUGUGUUCAACUACCAUCUGAGUCCCCGGACUUUUCCCCGUUACCCAGGGCUCAUGGUCCCACCGCUGCAGUGCCAAAUGCAUCCUGAGGAGCCUUCCCAGUUCUCCAUCAAGCUGCAGCCCCCACCUGCUGGACGCAAGAACCGCGAGAGGGCAGAGAGCAGUGAGGAGGCCACCCGUGGCUCAGUGCCUGCCAGCACUCCUAUUCCCUCUCGGAUUAAGGUAGAGCCGGCCACUGAGAAGGAUCCUGACGGCCUCAGGCAGUCAACCCAGGAAAAGGAGGAACAGGCCCAGGAAGUGGACACCGUGCAGACCAGGACCAUAGAAGAGGGGAAAGGCACAGUAUUUGCCCACCCCUCACCCACCUGGCCGUCUAUAUCCGUUAGCAUCCCCAGUGACGAGCCCCUCGAGGUGACUGAAGACAGUGAGGACAAGGCUGCCAGGGAGCCCGGGGUACCCGAGAAGAAAGAAGACGCCCUGAUGCCCCCUAAGCUUCGGCUGAAGAGGCGGUGGAAUGAUGACCCUGAAGCGCGGGAGCUCAACAAGCCGGGCAAGUGCCUGUGGAAUGGGGCGGGGCCCCAGGGCCUGGCCGCGGCUGCCGCUGCUGCUGCAGAUGCUUAGGACCACAGUGGGAGGGACGCUGUCCAUAUUACAAUCAAAAAUACAUAUUUAUGUAGCAAGAUUCUGGGGCGGGAGGUGGGGCUAAGCUGGUUUGAUAAUUCUGGGGCGUGGACUUGGACUUUCUGUCGGGGAAGGGACGAGUAUCUUGUGUUGUAGAAUAAGUGGGGUGUGAACACUUUCUUUCUUGGUGCGUAGGACAUAGGGAGGCUAUGAACUCUGGGGAAGGAGCCCGUUUCCUGUCCCUCAUGCUGCCUGACAAGCCCCGUAGGCCCACACUGUAGUCCCGUUACAGGUCAGGCUCUAUAGUCGUUCCUAUUAUAUUUAUACAGAAAGCCCACAGUGGGACACUGCGCUGAGAGAGAGAGAGAGAGAGGGAGAGGGAGAGGGAGAGAGGGAGGGAGGGAGGAAGGGAGGAAGGGAGGAAGGGAGGGCUGGAAGGUUAGGUGGUAAGAACAGUACUAAGCCUGUUACCUGAGUAUUUAUUUCAGGAGAGAAAAAGUUCAUUGCAGUCUUACUGAAAUGGAGGGGCGUUCAGAUGGUGUGUUCUCUCCACUCUUCCCCUUGUCCCUCACUAAAGUAAGGACACACACAAUCUCUCUCUCUCUCUCUCUCUCUCUCUCUCUCUCUCUC